AUGCAGAUCUUCAUGAAGACCUUGACUGGCAAAACCAUCACCCUCAAGGUGGAGCCCAGUGACACCAUCAAGAAUGUCAAGGCCAAGAUCCAAGACAAAGAGGGCAUCUCCCCUGACCAGCAGCGGCUGAUCUUCGCCGGCAAGCAGCUGAAAGAUGGGUGCACCCUGUCCAACUACAAAAUCCAGAAGGAGUCUACUCUGCACCUGGUCCUGCGCUUGAGAGGGGGUGUCUAA